AUGGCGGCGAAAACAGCACUUAACAUGCUGACCUGCUCAGAUGGCGACGAAGAAGACACUGUAGUUUACAUCUAUGACCGCAGACGAGGCAAUGCACCCGAGAAGAAGAUCCACUUAGGCGGCAUAUUCGAUUUCGCGGCGUUUCGAACAAAAGUUCGGCAGGCGCUUGAAAUCGGGCCAAGGGAUAAAUUUGUAAUUUCAACAACCAACAGGCUCGAAAUUCGCGACGACAAUACUUACGAGGAUUUGAUUGAAGGUGGGGAUACUCUGUAUGUACUGAAUCAUAUGAACCAAGAGCUUGGAGCACCCACCCAGGAACGCAUUGAUUACCUGCCUCAUUAUGACACGCUGGUUAAAAGUGGAAUGUAUGAGUAUUAUGCAAGUGAGGGACAAAAUCCUCUGCCCUUUGCGUUUGCAGAACUCAUUGACAAUGCUUUGGCUGCCACUGCUGCUAACAUUGGACCCAGAACGAUUGAACUUAGAUUGUUCCUGGACGAGUCACAGACAAAAAACCACAUAUGUGUCGUUGAUAAUGGUUGUGGUAUGACGUCUAGACAGCUCAACAACUGGGCUAUUUAUAGACUUUCUAAAUUUAUACGGAAAGAGAAAAAAGGUUCCUGUGGUAGACCGCUGACUAUCAGAGAGAUUGCAGGGUUCAGUUCCUGUGGUAGACUGCUGACUACCAGAGAGAUUGCAGGGUUCAGUUCCUGUGGUAGACUGCUGACUACCAGAGAGAUUGCAGGGUUCAGUUCCUGUCGUAGACUGCUGACUACCAGAGAGAUUGCAGGGUUUAGUUCCUGUGGUAGACCGCUGACUAUCAGAGAGAUUGCAGGGUUCAGUUCCUGUAGUAGACUGCUGACUACCAGAGAGAUUGCAGGGUUCAGUUCCUGUGGUAGACUGCUGACUACCAGAGAGAUUGCAGGGUUCAGUUCCUGUCGUAGACUGCUGACUACCAGAGAGAUUGCAGGGUUUAGUUCCUGUGGUAGAUUGCUGACUACCAGAGAGAUUGCAGGGUUUAGUUCCUGUCGUAGACUGCUGACUACCAGAGAGAUUGCAGGGUUCAGUUCCUGUCGUAGACUGCUGACUACCAGAGAGAUUGCAGGGUUUAGUUCCUGUGUUGAUGUUGACUUUGAGUAUUUAGAGAAUUAUGCUGAAGACAGACCUGCUAGAGGCAAUCGUCCCAUAUUUGAAUGUUAUUGGAAUGGCAGACUUAUACCUUACACAUUUAUAGAUGACUUUGAUUGGAACGCAGUAUCAAAGAAGAGAGGCCCGAUUCCUGUUGAGUGUUAUAACAGACUCUCAGGAGUGCUGUGGACAAAUGAUAAGUUUCAAGUCAGUACAAAUAAGUUGACUUUCUUAGAUCUGGAGUUGAAACUGAAGGACAAAAACACAGUAUUUAAUAGAGUUGUACAAGGCCAGACGCAGAGAGUUAAGAUUGAGCGAGCGUUCUCUGAUUGGAUCAGAGAAUGCCAUGAGCAGCAAGAUAAACAAGUGAUGUUUAGCGGUUAUAGCGGCUCAGUAAGUCGUCCUGAGAUACCUGUGAAGAGGCACCAAUCACCAUGGGCUGUCUAUAAAUCUAUUGAAUGGGAUUCUAAAGUGUUUGAAACAGGGCAGCUGGAACCACAGUUGUUGUAUGAUGAAAUAAAAGCAAUACCAUUAACCAAACUAGACAGAAAUGCACCGAAAAGUGCCAUCAAAAAGUACAUUGAAGAGGAAGAAGGAAGAUUACCCGAAAAGAUUGUGGUUUCAUGGCCAGAAGGAGAUGCCUUAAUUCACAAUGAGAAGAGAGCAGCUGGCAAAACUAUCGGUGCUAUUCAGGUAGAAAUUCACAACCGUAAAGGUGAACCGAUCUCCAGACUUCCUGGGAGUAUUCACUCAUCUAAAAAAUUACUUGUAGAACUCAAGAUUGUUUGGCAUGCCCCUCAUGGAGAUGAGAGGAUUGUAUCCCAUAUCAGCCAACAUGGAAAAGCCUGGGGAUAUUGGUUCAGAAAAAUGGAAAAUGUGAAAAAUCUUGGUGUUUAUUCACUGAAGUUACAAGUAGUACUCAAUGAAAGUAGUGCAAAAGAGUUUGGUGGUAAAGAGCUGCCAAGCUGUAAAAUUAAAUUUACAGUAACAGAGGCGGCCCCUGCUAAAUUCAGCGUUGGAAUGAUGGAUCCUCCUUUCCGCGUUGGUGAACCAUUCAACAUACCUCUGGAUUUGCAAGAUGAGUUUGGUCAUCCUACAAAACCUACUAGUGAUAUAAAACCAAAGCUAGAAACAAAUGAUCUGUCCCUUAAAUAUGAGAGCCUGCUUGCUAAGGGUUGUAGCCUGAUAGUCAAAGGAGUAACAGCAGACGGCAUAGUAGGAUCUCAUCACGGUAAAUCAUUCAAUCUGAAAGUUACUUUACCGGGUCUGGAGGAACCUAUGCAGACUUUGAAAUUACGACUACUUCCUGGUCCACCACGUUCUCUACACAUCGUUGUUCCUGAGGAUGAUGAAAUAGUGAUUGAGAACGGACGAUCCCUGUCCAUUGAAGUGGAAGUACGAGACAAGGCCGGCAAUCCCACAGUACAGCCUAAACUCAAUGUCACAUGCAGACUGAUUGGUGCUCCAGGUCUGCCCUCCUUUUCAGCGGAUUGUAGCAAUACGGGUAAAGCAACGCUGACAUGUAAUAGUGUUAACGUUAAAAACUUUAAAAAGGACCUCAAGAUUACAGCACGCAUAGAAUUACAGCACUUCAGAGACAUUCCUGCCCAAGAGAAAAUCAUUCGAAUUAGUCCUAGUACUAAAGUAUCUAAGAUUGAAGUGUAUCAUACUGAUCAUAAUGAUGUAGAAACUAAACUAAAACAUCAUCAAGAUCUUCUUUGUACUGCUGGUGAUUCUGUGACCGGUCUCACUUUCAAACUUUACGAUGAGGGAAAUCGAGUCCUUAAAAUCACUCCAGAAAUUGCAAGUAAGAUCAGAGUUCAUUGGACUCCUAAAUUCAAUAAAGAAUUGUUGCUAAAGGAACAGCUGCCUAACGUUAAAGUACCAAACUCUACUGCUGAAACCAAAUACUGCCAAGUGAGUCUCAGUGAAGCCGGCAUUGAAUUUGCAUUUACACUCAAACCGAUUUCAGGUGAGCCUUCUCAGUUAAAAUGUACGUGUAAAGGUAACAAGAAGAUUGCCCUUGGACAGAAACUAGAAGGUGAUAUCAUUAUUUCAAUCACAGAUUCCCAUGGAAACCCUGUCAAAAAGCUACCUUCCAGUACCUUAGCAACUCUACAAGUAUUUGGUAAGGGACUUGUCAUUAAUGAAAUGGUGAGGGCGCCCUAUCAAACACAUGGAUUUCUUCUUGAGAACAUCAAGUUUACUGGAGUACCUUUAGGAAUGACAGAGUUACUCGUCAAAUGGAAAGAUUUGUCAGAUUAUGUAAAACUGGAACUGGUAGCUGGACCUCCUGCCAAGAUUGCUGUAGUUGACAUCCCUAUAGAUCAGCCUGUUCUGGUUUAUAAUGAUAAUAAGCUAGAUAAGCCAUUGAUACUUCAGCUGUGUGAUGAAUGUGAUAACCCAACCACAGAUAGUAAUGGUAAGAUUCUCUUAGGUAAAGAUCCUCGUAUCAAG